AUGGAAUACAAGGUUGGAGAUAAAGUUUUCUUGCGAGUUUCACCUUGGAAAGAAGUAAUGCGAUUUAGACGUAAAGGUAAGCUGAGUCCUCGUUAUAUUGGGCCAUAUGAUAUUAUCGAAAUAGUUGGACCGUUAUCGUACAAGUUAGCAUUACCUCCAGAGUUAGAGCAGAUUCAUAAUGUUUUUCACUUCAGCAUGCUUCGACGUUAUCGGUCUGAUCCGUCACAUGUACUGAGAGAUCCUGAUAUACAGAUUUCUGAGAAUUUGAGUUACAUAGAUGAACCAAUUAAUAUUGUAGACCGACGGGUUAAACAAUUGCGAAGAAAAGAGAUUCCAAAGGUAAAAGUUAUUUGGCAAAAUCACAGAGUCGAAGAAGCGACUUGGGAAACAGAGGAAAAGAUGAGAAAGAACUAUCCACAUCUGUUUACGGAAAGUCGCUGCGAGCAGAGACCGCUCAAACUCCGCUUUGGCGCCGUCAUCCUCGAUGCCAUUUCUGAAUUGAGUUUGCGAGGAUCUUCCCUCGCUUCAUAUUUGGGCGAUUCCACUUUCAUGUGGACUGAUUCAGCCUCCUUCAAUUUGUUGAAGAAAUCCUGUGAGAUCGGGUCCUGA